AUGAGCUCCACACUGGGAGCUGCACAGGACAGACCGGAGUUUGCAAAGUCUGCGUUGCUGGUCAUGGAAGAGCUGCACACAUCAGCCGUUCAGAGGAGCACGAUCCUGCACAACGUGCUGCUGAACUCGUGUGCCAAGGCUACGAAGUGGCGCACCUGCUUAUUGCAGCUGCAGUCCUUUCAAGUUGCUGGCCGCGGCAACAUUGUGAGCCAGUCGACGGCCAUAGCCGCGGAAGCGCAGGUCUCAAGGUGGUGCAGCUCCCUGGAGCGGCUGGCGUCCCUGGGCAGCCGGCGGCUGCGUCCGAACGCCAUCGCUACCACCGCUGCAGCCCACGCCAUCAGUGAAGCCGCUUGGCGCCGGGCGGCCAUCUUGCUGGCGCCCGAAGGAGACCUGGGAGCACAGAAUGUGCGCGUGGCUGCGUGGGCCGACGGUGCCUGGGCUGAGGCGCUUGCCGCCAAAGCAGCGCUUCCGGACAGGAGGCUGAUGCCCGACCCCAUCACCAUCAGCAGCGCCAUCAUGGCCGCGGCAGAGGGGAGAUUCUGGACCUCGACGCUGUGCUUUCUCCAGGAGCUGCGGGAUCUCCAGCUGCAAGGCACUACCAUCCUCGGCAACUCGGCCAUCACGGCCCUGAGCCGAUGGGAGAAGGCCUGGGCCUUGUUCGCAGAGCAAGGUGCGGAUCGCCUGGAGAGGCUUGGGGCCUGUGAGAUGGGAAAGCAGUGGGAGCUGGCCCUGAGAGUGCUGACCUGGGCCCAUCGCGACGGGCGUUGCAGAACUGUGACCUUCAAUGCGGCUCUGCGUGCCUGUGGGCAGUGUGCGCAGUGGCAAGUGGCGCUGCGGCUCAUCAAGGACAUGGUUAAGGCAUCCACCCCAUGCGAUGCCAUCACGUACAACACCGCCAUGGCAGCCUGUGAAAAGGCAGGACAAUGGCAAGCCACUCUCGGGCUUCUGGGGAUGCUGUCCUCCUCCGGAGGCGCAGACGCCUUCUCCUACGCCACGGCCGCCCGGGCCUGCGCGGUGGCGGCCAGCUGGGAAGCCGCCCUGGCGCUGCUGGAGGUGGAGCUGGACAGCGUGGCCCGCGGCGCCUCGCUCGAGGGCUGUUCUGGGCGCUGGGAAAUGGCCGGCGCAGUCCUGACGCGGAUGCGCCAGGAGGCCCUGCCACCCAACGUUCGUUCCUACAGUGUCGCCCUGUUUGAUGGCGCGGUGCCGUGGCGGUUCGCUGUCAGCAUCAUGCGCCAGAUGAGCACGGAGGCACUGCAGCCGACCUCCAUCGCCAGUGACGCAGCCAUGGUGGCCUGCAACAACUGCGGGCGGAUGGCUGAGGCCUGGCAGCUUCUGGUGGAGUCGGCCAGCGAUCGUUCGCCCAGUGCCUUCCUCUGGGGCUUGGCCCUGUUGGGCACAUCGGAGGCAGAGGUGGUUCAGGAGGCCUGCGUCCGGGCCCACGCACACCUUGCCGAGCACAGCGGGCUCGGAGGAGAUGAAGGGCAUGAAGGCAUCUCCUGCAAUGAUCUGGCUGCGCUGUGGUCGUCGGCUUCACAGCUCGCGGCAAGCAACGAAGCGUUUCAGAGGUGCAUGGCCGACCUUUCGAUCAAGCAGAUGGAGUGCUUCAGCUUGGAGGAACUCGUGACGAUUGCGUGGGGUGCCUGUAGCACUGUGGGCUCCCUCGAGACGCUGGUAGCGGCGCAAUGGCGAGUGCUGGACAUCCUGCCCAACUUGCUGGACACCAGAAGGCAAAGCUUAAUGCUGACGCGGCAGGGGUUUCACGUGCUCGGUGCCCUUCGACCCGCAUUGAGCCUUGUUCUUGUCUCCAUGGCGCAGGAACUAACUUGA